CUUGAGUCAGUUAUUCCACAGUACUUGUUCGAUGCAUCACCUUGUCCCGAAGUGGGACUUAGAUCUUUAUAGGCCUUGUCCAACUGUACUUUACAGUAUGUCUGUCCCUGGAGCUAGCUGGCACUAGCCCCUCAAUGGAGCCGGCAUCACGUUAUCCAUAUUCUUGUGUUCCUUUGCAUUGAAAUGCACAAUGUACGACCCUUGCUAUACAUGCCGGCGUAGGCGCAUCCAAUGUGACCAAUCACAGACCCCUUGCAAGAAGUGUUUGAAAGCCGGGCUAGAAUGCUACGAUAAGAGACCACUCAGAUGGGUCAAAGGCGUCGCGAUUCGAGGCAAACUGCAGGGCUUAACAGUUAAAGAUGCCUCGGCUACUUCCGCAGCCUUGGCAGCUUUGGAUCGAGUACCAAGGAAAAAGUGUACUAAAGGAGUAUUAUCCUCUGCUUUGGUGGGAAGUAGUCAUAAUGGUACACACAGGAAUAAGUUGGACCUCUCGUUACCUUUGGAUUCUGGUCUUAUCAUGAACUUGGACCGCACGUCUAGGUACUACCUUGACUAUUAUAAUGAACAGAUAUGCAAACUUUUCAUUGUAUAUGAUAGCGAGGAGAAUCCGUUUAGACGGCUAAUAUCCCUGGCUUUGGACAAUCCAGUCCUACUGAAGGCGGCUCUCGCCCUCGCGGCGCGUCACAGGGCCAACUCGGGAUGCCCCUUCGAUAACCCUGCAGUGGAGGCUUCCACCGACCGCAUACAAAUCCAUCGAGAGGCCCUCGUCUUCAAACACCAAGCUAUACAGGGGCUCACACGCGCGUUGAAUGACCCGGCAGUCUCCGGAAAGGACACCACAGUGGCUUCAAUUUUCCUCCUUAUAUUCUUAGAUCUCCUCGAGUCCGGAAGCGACAAAUGGAACUUCCACCUUGAAGGUGCUAAGAAAUUGAUUACACAUGGCCAACUACAUGAGUUACAACAUGGAACAUCUCAGGAUCCUGGACGGACUGUGCAGGAAAUACGAACGUUUAUUAUCAAACAGAUCCACCUCAUUGAGACUCUUGGGGCUACCUUUGUACGUCCCAAAUUACUAUCUGGCUGCACUUCCCUAGAUCAACCAGACAGCUUGCUUGAUGAAACUGUUGAACAAUCCUUUCUCGGAUGUCCUGAGUAUUUGUUACAUGCUAUCCAAUGUCUCUCCGCCUACAGAGACACUAUUGCUGAGUCUCAGCGACAGACUCCUACAACCAGCGCCACACAUAUGCAGGAUAUAGCAAGCGUGCUCGAACUAAUACGGAAAUUCGACUGUUACACAUGGGCCUCGAGUCUUCCGGAGUCACACAAGUCUUCGUCACGAAACCUCGGCAACCUUUGCCGAUUGGCGCAGUCAUACAAAUUGGGGGCUCUCAUAUACGGUCAGCGGGUCCUGGAUUCUCUUCUUAUUACGGUUACCCCACAAGACGAACCCGUAUCUGAGUUAAUCGGCGUUAUAGAUGCGUUAAGGGAUGACGGGAGCUUGUUGAAAUGUGUCCUUUGGCCUAUUUUUGUUGCCGGUCUUGAAUGCCGUUCGCAACCCCAGCGAGACUUUCUAAUCAGUUCCUUAGAGAAUUUCUGGAUAGACACGAAUUGCUUAAACGUCGUCAAUGCAGCCAAGGCCUUGCAGUCAUAUUGGCAGAAAACAGACAAGGAAGAUACGUCACCUACGCAAUGGAUUUUCGACAUCGGUGAUCUUGAUCAUGAUUGGCUGUUUAUAUAAGGAUAUCCGGACUCUUUAUUGUAUAUUGCAAGUCCUCCUUAUUAAAAUGACAUUUUAUCAAUAUGUUCCAUUAUGCUUCCACUGCCUAUUUGGUUCGUGGCAUGAGGGGCCUUUAUAGCAUGGGGUUGGACCUUUGUCACGAUGGCAAAUAGAUAGAGCAUCGUUAUCC